AUGCGUCUCCAAUCGGGCGCGUCUGUUGCGGCCCUGGCUGCGGCUGCCAGUGCCAAAUCCCUCUCCGAUGUGUGCACGCUGUCCAAUGUCAAGUCUUCUCUGCCCUCCAACGGCACCCUCCUGGGCAUCAAUCUAAUCCCGGCCUCUUCUACCGUUGCGGCGGUCUACAAUGCCACCACCGGAGGCGGCAUGGGCAGCACCACCGGCGAGACCUACAGCUACUGCAAUGUCACGCUCACCUAUACCCACCCCGGCAAGGGUGACACCGUUGUUGUCAAGUACGCCCUCCCCGAGCCCUCGGACUUCAAGAAGCGUUUCUACGUCGCUGGUGGCGGUGGCUAUUCCCUGAGCUCCGACGCGACCGGUGGUCUGGAGUAUGGCGCCGCUGGGGGUGCCACCUCUGCUGGAUAUGAUGCCCUGAACGGUGUGAGCUAUGACGAUGUCGUGCUGUACGGGAACGGCUCUAUCAACUGGGAUGCCACCUAUAUGUUCGGCUACCAGGCCCUGGGCGAAAUGACCCAGCUCGGCAAGUAUUUCACCAAGGGAUUCUACGGCCUUUCGACCAAGUCCAAGGUCUACACAUACUAUGAGGGAUGCUCCGAUGGUGGACGUGAGGGUAUGAGCCAGGUGCAGCGCUAUGGUGAGGAGUACGACGGAGCCAUCACUGGUGCCCCGGCCUUCCGCUAUGGCCAGCAACAGGUCAACCACGUCUUGUCUUCGGUGGUGGAGCAGACCUUGGACUACUACCCUCCUCCUUGCGAGCUCGCCAAGAUUGUCAACGCCACUAUCAAGGCUUGUGAUCCGCUUGAUGGCCGUACUGACGGUGUCAUCUCGCGUACCGACCUAUGCAUGCUGAACUUCGACCUGUCUUCCAUCAUUGGUGAGAGUUACUACUGCGCAGCCGUGACCAGCACCUCGCUAGGCUUCGGCUUCAGCAAGGUCAAGCGUCAGGCCGCGGGCAGCUCCACCAGCUACCAGCCCGCCCAGAGCGGUACUGUGUCCGCCGAAGGUGUCGCGGUUGCAAAGGCCAUCUAUGCCGGUUUGCACGACAGCAAGGGCGAGCGCGCCUACCUCUCGUGGCAAAUCGGUUCCGAGUUCGGUGAUGCCGGAACCGAGUGGAACAACAGCACGCAGAAGUGGGAGCUCGACAUCCCGUCGACCGGCGGCGAGUUCGUCACCAAGUACAUUCAGCUGCUGGACCUGGAUAACCUGUCCAACCUGGACGGCGUCACUUACGAUACUCUGGUCGACUGGAUGAACACCGCGAUGGUCCGCUACAUGGACAGCCUGCAGACCACCCUGCCCGACCUCACUCCGUUUCAAUCUUCCGGCGGCAAGCUGCUGCACUACCACGGCGAGUCGGACCCCUCCAUCCCCGCCGCCUCGUCUGUGCACUACUGGCAGUCCGUCCGCUCGAUCAUGUACCCCCACCUCAACGACCAGCAGAGCCUCACCCAGCUCCAGGACUGGUAUCAGUUCUACUUGAUUCCUGGUGCGGCGCACUGUGGAGCCAACUCCCUGCAGCCUGGCCCCUACCCCGAGAACAACAUGGAAAUCAUGAUCAACUGGGUUGAGAACGGUGUCAAGCCCAGCCGCUUGAAUGCCACAGUCUCUUCGGGUGACUACGAAGGCGAGACUCAGAUGCUGUGCCAGUGGCCCACUCGCCCUCUGUGGCGCAGCAACUCUACCUUCGACUGUGUCCACGACCAGAAGUCGAUUGAGAGCUGGACUUAUGAGUUCCCUGCCUUCAAGGUCCCUGUGUACUAA